UGCAACUCUUUUUCCCCUCUGUGCUUGUCCAGGUCGUCCACCAGUCACCUGAAGCCUAUUGGAGAAGAAGAUGAAGACGUGGCCAGAGAGCGACAGAGGAUCAUGGGUGGAGGAGGACAGACCGACAUCCUGGAGCUCAGGCAGCUUACCAAGAUUUACAAGCGGAAACAGAAGCCAGCAGUGGACCGGCUGUGUGUCGGCAUCCCCCCUGGAGAGUGCUUUGGUUUGCUGGGGGUGAAUGGAGCAGGAAAAACCAGCACCUUUAAAAUGCUGACAAGAGACUCUCUAGUGACCGGUGGAGAAGCGUUCCUGGCUGGCAAAAGUGUAACCAAAGAGAUCGAUGAAGUGCAUCAGAACAUGGGCUACUGUCCCCAGUUUGAUACUAUCAACGACCUGCUGACUGGCAGAGAGCAUCUGGAGUUUUACGCCAUUCUGAGAGGAGUGCCUGAGAAGGAAGUCUGUGAGGUGGCAGAGUGGGGCAUCCGGAAGCUGGGCCUGGUGAAAUAUGUGGACAAGUCAGCAGGCAGCUACAGUGGAGGAAACAUGAGGAAACUAUCGACUGCCAUCGCUCUCAUAGGAGGACCGCCUGUCGUGUUUCUGGAUGAACCAACCACAGGCAUGGACCCGAAGGCGCGUCGGGCCUUGUGGAACGCCAUCCUGAGCAUCAUCAAGGAGGGACGAUCUGUAGUCCUCACCUCUCACAGCAUGGAGGAGUGUGAGGCCCUUUGCACCAGGAUGGCCAUCAUGGUCAACGGCAGGUUUCGCUGUCUGGGCAGCGUACAGCACCUCAAGAACAGAUGCAGAGAAGACGUCAGGACUCAUGAGAAAGCCUUCGUGUCCUGGAAUGGAGGAGAUCAUGGCGUGCCCUCUGAACCUUGCGCCUGUGUGUGGCAGCGACGGACACACUUAUGCCAACGAGUGUACCCUGUGUGUCCAGAGACAAACAACCAGGAUGGAAAUUUUGAUCGUCAAGGAGGAGAGCUGCUGAUCUGCACCGGAGGAGGCGUCACCAGGGACUCAUCAGGAUCUGAUCAUGUGUCCACUGUGGACCACUUACAUACCUGGAUCCAAACUGUCCUAAAGAUUUCCCUCUAAUUGUCAUGAGCAAUUAAAUAUGAUUCAGCAGCC